UUGAAAAUUCAUAUAAAAAGAUGUGUUGAAUCGAAGGAAAACAUAUAGUUUGAUUCCGUUCACAACUAAUCGCACCAAAAUGAACAAAGCCAUCAUUAUUGCCGUCCUUGCCUUUGCUGCCAUUGCUGCUGCCAGCCCUAAACCCGGCUAUGGAUACAAUGCUCCUUCCUACUCCGUCCCUGUGAGCUACUCCGUUCCUAGCUAUACCUACUCUUCUCCAGCUGGUGCUUCGGCUGCUGCAUCUGCCUCUGCUUCCGUUUCGGCUCCUCGUGCUCAUUUGUACAAUGUUGCCUCCUACAGUUUGGGACCCUCCUAUGGUUUGGCCAACUAUGAUGCUGGUUAUGGUAACGCUCAUCAUAGCGGUUAUGGCAACGGCUACGGUUACGGUUACUAAACAGUGAUCUGGUGCUAAAACACAAAACACGGCUUUGACCUCGAAUAAAGAAACCGAAUGAGGAAUGAUCACUGAAA